AUGGAAACAACAGGUUUUAGCGUUGAUCCUACGAGUUCUGAUAAUCAUGCGACUAAUAGUCCGAAUUCAUCAAACCCCACAUCACCGACGAUGCGGAGGAUAAGCAGUAGCAGUUCUUCACCGAGAGCGAUGUCGUCUUCUCCGUUUCCGAUAAUUCGUUUCUUACAAGCACCUGUAACUACUAUAAUUGAAUACUCGGGUGUUCUUCGACCUAGGUCGAAUACCGAUUAUCACGAAUCAGAGAGCUUGAUUUCUAACCAUCAUCAUCGUGAUCAUAACUCGAGUGGUUCCGGUAUUGCUAGUAAUAGAAGUAGUAAUGAUGAGAAUAGCAAUGGGGAGGUUUCGAUUCGGAUAAUGGGUGGUGCAGACCAAGAAGAGGAGCGUGGUGAACCGGUUGCAGUGAACCAUGAAGAUGGCGGAGGAGAAAGGGAGGUGGCUGAUUCCGGUGAUGGAAGUGGUGGUAAUGGCGGGAGUAAUAAUAACGUGGAUUCAGCAUAUCAACAGCGGUAUGAUUUGCAGCAGGGGGAGAGAAAAUUGUCUGUUCUUGCUGGGUAUUGCAUAGUUUUCAUGCUUCAUGUGAUUGGUGUUUACUGGUGGUACCAAAAUGAUGAUCUUUGCUAUCCCCUUUUCAUGGUUCCACCAAAAGAAAUACCACCUUUUUGGAAUGCUAUUUUCACCAUCAUUGUAAAUGAUACGAUGGUAAGGCAGGCAGCAAUGGGUUUUAAGUUGGUAUUGCUUAUGUACUAUAAGAAUGGCAGGGGCCAUAGCUUUCGUAGGCAGGGUCAAAUGCUGACUCUGGUUGAGUACACACUUCUGUUAUACCGUGCAUUCUUACCUGCCCCUGUUUGGUAUCGAUUCUUUUUGAACAAAGAAUACGGGAGCCUCUUUUCAUCUUUGACAACAGGCUUAUAUUUAACUUUAAAGCUCACAUCAGUUGUUGAGAAGAUUGGAUCCUUCUACGCUGCAUUAAAGGCACUAUCGCGGAAGGAAGUCAAUUAUGGAUCAUAUGCAACGGCUGAACAGGUAAGCGAGGCAGGAGACCUGUGUGCUAUUUGCCAGGAAAAGAUGCAGGCUCCAAUUUUGUUGCGCUGUAAACAUAUAUUUUGUGAAGACUGUGUUUCGGAAUGGUUUGAAAGAGAAAGAACUUGCCCAUUAUGCAGAGCUCUGGUAAGACCAGCUGAUAUACGAUCAUUUGGGGAUGGUUCAACGAGCUUGUUCUUCCAGUUUUUCUAGAAGACCUUCCAUUCAUGUUUGGCACUCUCUUCUUCAACACAUUAGCAGUAAUUUUUUUUGGCAUUUCCCCUUCAAAUUGUACAGUUGUGCCUAUUAUUAUUAUAUUAUCAUACAUCACAUAUACAUACAACAUAUAACAAAAUGGGAGAGGAUUUUUACACUCAACACAGAUAACUAAACUCAUUGGAUCCCAUAUAAUAAACACAGCUUCAAACAAACUUCUUACUUGACAUUUUUACUGAUAAAAUGUGUUGGUGGGGAAUUCAUGUGAAAAAGGCAGGCUCUACACGUCACUCAUAAUCAAAUCGACUCAAAUAACUCUUUGGAUCGUGCAAGCAACACUUUCCUAAAGGUGUAGAAGAUGUUUGGAUUUCACGAAAUCAACAGUCCAAUCGUGCACAAAAAGUAAAUCACCAAAUUCAUGUAGGUUUGUUUCUUAUUAUAGAUUGUAAAAAGAG